UAAAGUUACGGAAAACAUCAUUAAUACACAGUCUUAAAUUCGGCAUAUAGCUAAUAUGCCACGCAUCGCUUUUUUCAUGGUUUUCAACGGCUUAUUUGGAUUACUUGUUAGCUUUUCUUCGCGCCAGAUGACAUAUUGAAGAAAACCCGCCAAAGCCACAGCCAACAGUGUUAAAUCUAUUGUACACGUUAUUUGUACCUGGUUAAAAGGGUUAAUUUGUAAAUUUGUCGGCCGAAUUUAACAUCAGACCUCGGUGAGUCUUUUAGGACUAACGUUAGCCUGGUAUGUUACCGAGGUAGUAAUGAUUAGUUAAAAUUGUCAGAUGUGCGAAUGGAGUUCGUCACAUCCGCUUGUCUGUCCCUGCUGCUUGUGGCUAGCUAGUCCUCCAUGAGCUAUGUUACCAGGUCAUUACGGUAUUUAUGCAACUUCCAGGGCGGACUUUUACGUAACCGUUCUACGCUGUACGCAUAUGCCGGUUGGAAACUGAACAAACUCAACCUUUGAAACGGUUUUUUUAAAUUAUCUUCUUUUUUUUUAACAUGGCUGCCAGUGGCUUUGUUUACAAACUUAUACCGCUGGUGAGAGGAAGGCUCCGCGGCAGGACGUCUUGUCCCGCACGCAUACCUGUCCGUGCGUUUUCGUGCACAGCAAGUCGUUCCCAGUUACACAGCGUGGAGGGGACCGGCGGUCCUCUGGCUGGGAAGGUGGAUCGAUUCGGUGGAGUCACAGUGAACCUGGCUGACAUCGGUUUACCGGCUGACAUCAGCGAAUGUUUAUUUAGCACAUUACUGCAAGAGUCUUUGGUGCAGUGGAAAGCUGAGGGGAAGGUGGCCGUGUGGCUUCGAGUACCCAUCUCACUGAGUCGAUGUGCUGCCGCAGCUUCUACUCACGGCUUCACCUUCCACCACGCCACACACGACCACGCCGUCCUGUCGCUCUGGCUGGGGGAAGGGGAAAGCAGACUGCCGGGGUUUGCAACUCACCAAGUUGGAGUGGCAGGUGCAGUCGUUGACGAGUCCAAUGGAAAAGUUCUUGUUGUCCAAGACCGAAACAAGACAAAGAAUGCCUGGAAGUUCCCCGGUGGUCUGUCUGAUCCAGGAGAAAAUAUCGGUGUCACCGCCGUACGUGAAGUCUUCGAGGAAACCGGCGUUCGCUCCGAGUUCAGAUCUCUGCUCAGCAUCCGGCAGCAGCACAACCACCCCGGCGCCUUCGGCAUGUCGGACAUGUACAUCAUCUGCCGACUCAGCCCGCUCACCUACGACAUCAACUUCUGCACCCAGGAAUGCCUGCGCUGCGAGUGGCUGGACCUCGCCGAGCUGGCCAAGACAAACGACACCACGCCCAUAACCUCUCGCGUAGCCAGGCUUCUGCUUCACGGCCUAGAGCGAGGCUUCGGCGAGAUCGACCUCAGCAUGGAGGAGCUUCCUGCUGUCUACUCGGGGAUGUUCUACCAGCUGUACCACAGACAGCUUCCCCCAACAUCAAAGUCCUAGUGCGCCAUCAUCAAACUGAUGGGGUUCUAGCGAAUCAUUGCUAGCUAUGUUGACACAUGGUUGUCAGCGUUACUCAUAUUUAAAGUGUAUUUAUGACUGGAGUUAAUGUUUGCCAUGUGUUUCACACACUAACUGUUACUAUUGAAGAAAUAUGGUGCAAUAGUCUGAACUGAAGCACACUCACUUUGUGUUUUUUAAAGGAACUGUGGUACCUGCAGGACUGCACAGUCUUAUACGGUUUAUUUAACAGUUGCUGGCGGCCAUGUUGGAAGUAAACUGCUGCUAGGCAACAGUGGCUGUGAGCAGCUGAUUUUAUUCUUAAAGGCACAGUUCUGAAAUCUGCUGUGUUUUUGACUGGGAACAAAUAAUUUCACAAUCGAUGCCGAGUUUUGCUAAUUUUAGCUUGUUGACGAGAUUAAUUAAUGCUGCCUUGCUAAAGUUGCCAACUGGCUAGUUAAAAAAAA